AUGGCAGACCGGAUUGUGCAUUCGGCAGAGGGCCCCCGCGCGGCCCACCGGCGGCUGCGGUACCGCCCCGUCUGUUGGGCGACGCACCGGGAGCUGGCGUACCAGGGCGCGGGGGGCGCGCUCGCGGUGUUCCUGGGGGAGAUGGUGGGGACCCUGGCGGGGCCGAUCAAGCUGCCGGUCCAGGGCUACUGCUCGGCGGGGCUGCUGGGCGCGGGGCGCGGCCUGGGCAAGGGCGUCGCCGGCCUGCUCACGCGCCCGCUGCGUGCCACCGCACGCCUGGGGGAGCGGGCAGGGCGGGCCCUGGGCGCGGUGCUGGACCGGAGAGGGCCGGGCCGGACGGCGGACGUGUGGCAGUACGGCAGCCACGUGGGCAGCCUUCAGCAGCAGCGGCGGAGCGUGGCCAACGUGGACACGCCGCUGCAAGGGCUGCGCGCGGCGGCUCUCGCUCUCGGCGCAGGCUUCGUGUCAGGCACCGCCGCUCUGGGCGCGUGGCCUGCCGCGGGAUAUCGCAAGCUGGGACUCCUCGGCGGGCUAGCAGGAGCGGGGGUGGGAGCCGUGGCGCUCUUGUGCCACGUCGCAGGCGCGGUAGUGCUCAGCGCGGCAGCCCUGCUGGCGUGUAUACCCGCCAGCGUGGAAGCGGCUGGGAGGCAGGUGGUGUGCUGGAGAGGGCGGGUGGAGCACAGCGCACGGAAUGCCGAGGAGAAGCCGGCCGGCACGCAAGAAGCUGUCUUGCUGGACACGCUGGAUACGCUAGAGCGGCUAGAGGUGAGGGAGGCAUGCGGGGAUGGCAAG